CAAGAUUGAUCUGUUUGGAUCUUGGUCCAUGAUGGCCUUUUUAUUGAUUUUGACGAUUGGAUCUCUCUAUGAAUGGAAAAGGGGUGCUUCGGAUCGGGAGUAACCACUAGUGAAAGGGCUAAGGGGGGAAGGACAUAGGAAAGAAGGAUGCCUACAAAAAAUCAAUUGAUUCGUCAUGGUAGAGAAGAAAAACGGCGCACGGACCGUACUCGAGCUUCGGAUCAAUGUCCCCAGAAGCAAGGAGUAUGCCUGCGUGUUUCGACGAGAACACCGAAAAAACCUAAUUCAGCUCUACGUAAGAUAGCAAAAGUACGGUUGAGCAAUCGACAUGAUAUAUUUGCUCACAUUCCAGGCGAAGGUCAUAAUUCGCAGGAACAUUCUAUAGUCUUAGUCAGAGGAGGUAGAGUGAAAGAUUCGCCAGGUGUGAAAUCCCAUCGUAUUCGAGGAGUCAAGGAUUUGCUGGGAAUUCCGGAUCGUAGAAAGGGAAGAUCUAAAUAUGGUGCAGAAAGACCAAAAUCGAAAUGAAUGGAAGAUGCCUCUGGAACUUUUUGGUUCUUUUGUUCGGGAGACAACCAUUGUAGAUUCCAGCCGAGAAGACAAAAAAAGGGUAUCCCCAUGGAGCAGUUUUGGGACUUAUUUCAAAAUCUGAUACACAAAGCGUGGGAAACCGAACCCGCUUUUGUUGUAAAAGUAGCAGCAAUAGUCGUAAUUUUAGUCUUCAUAGCCACGUUUAUCUCCAACCACUGCCUCAAGUGGAGAUGCUUCCUGUAUAAUAAAAAACAGGGCAAUGUCCUAUUUGAGAUUGAGGACUCUGUCUCCGGUUUCAAAAUGAAACCGACACCUCGAGUGCCAAUUCCUGUAAGGAAGACCCAGAAAAAGUUGGAUGUAAGGAAGCUGAAGCGGAAAUGCAAUUCUCGGUGAUGGUAUGGUAGGAAGCCAACCCAUCAAAAGGAAAGGUGAGCAGCCCUUAUUGCACAAACGGCCUACUUAUAGCCCUAUUUA